AUGACUGAUUAUAGACCAGAUCAACAUUUCCAUGAACUGUUACCACCUUAUACGGUGUUGUUGAAAGAUGGUGAAACUACUGCAACUAUUUAUCCUAUCCAUAACAGUACACAUCUACCUCCAGGUUUACUAGCUUUUUUGGCUGAUGAAUUCAAUAUGGAAGUUGAACGCGGUGAUACUUUCCCAUUCUUUGAUACUUUAGGUAUUGAAGAGUUCAAAAAUUAUUGGUUUGGAGCAUUUUCCGCAGUCAUGGUGUUAGGUGAUGAACCUCAAUUGGAUCGUCAAAGACAAUGGGAAAAAGAAUGUCUAGGAAGUUUUUUCAUCAAGGCAAACUUCCCAGGUCGUUCUUCUCAUAUCUGUACAGGUGGAUUCCUGGUCAAUGCCGGUAUUAGAGGUAAAGGUAUUGGUAAGACCUUAACUGAAUGCUUUUUGGAUUGGGCUCCAAAACUAGGGUUUACCUCUGCUGUUUUCAAUUUAAUCUUUGAAACAAAUGUUGGUACAAGAAGAAUCUUUGAAUCUUUGAAUUUCAAAAGAAUCGGUAAAAUUAAAGCUGCUGGUAUUUUGAAAGGUAACGAUAGCGCUGUUGAUGCCAUAAUUUAUGGUAAAGAAUUAGUCCACCCAACUGAAAAUAUCCAAGGAACUUAUCGUUUCGAUAAAAUCAAAUAUUACCUAGAAACGGGGAGAUAUCCACCAAUGAUUGAUAGACAAGAAAAAUCAAGAUUGAGAUCAAGUGCUUCUCAUUAUAGAUUAGUGGAUGGGAAAUUGACUUUAAAUGGGAAAGAAGUUGUUAGUGAUCCUGUUAAACAAUUAGAAAUAUGUACACAAUAUCAUUUGGUAAACCAUGGUGGUAUCAAUAAGACAACAUCAGCAAUUACAGACCGUUUCCACUGGACUAGAAUUAAAGAUACAGUUGCACAAGCCAUAAGGAACUGUGAUGAAUGCAGAGAUCCAACUAAAUCAUUAGCCGCAAAGAAGAAAAGAGAGAAUAUCACAUUGGUUAAUAACAGAAAACGCCAAAGACAAGGCUCGCAGCAAAUGGAUGGCCACAGUGAAAGUCCAACUCAUUCUCAUGCAGAUUCAGACCCUUCUUCUCAUCUACAUCGUACGGAUCCAAGCUUAUUACAAGCCGAUCUUACUAACUUGGAUGAUCCUUCUGGCAUUUUCGCUGCUGUUGAAGCUGCUCAAAGACAAAGAAGUACCUAUAAUGAUAAAGACUCUUAUAAUGCUUAUCAACAGCAAAGUCGCCAACCAUUAAGACAACAAUUUGAUAAUGGAAAUAAUCAUUAUAACCAAGAUUCAAAUAACGGUAACCAACGUGAUGAUAAUGAUGAUAUUCCGGUUGAUCCUGAAGUGUCUGCUUUUGAUGAGCAUGUUCAAAGUGGCGAAGAGAUUGAAAUUGCUAGAGCUUUAAUCCAAGCAAAUGAAAGUGUUGAUCCAAAUAAUGGCCAAGAGACAGAUGAUAAUGAUUUAUUCAACUGA